AAGAUGAAGUUGAUCACUGGAAUUGCCGUCUCCGCGCUUCUCUGCGCUGAUGCUGUAUUGGCUGGCGUUGCAGCAAAUCGUGGCCUAGCUCGACGUCUUGCUCGUCGCGCCGGUCGUCGUUCAGCACCUUACAGGAAUGAUGCUCUUCACGCCACCGUGCAAUCUAACUGGGGUGGUGCUAUCCUCGAGGGUUCAGGAUAUAGUGCUGCUUCGGCUACUGUGAAUGUCCCAACGGGCGGCGGCGGAUCCAGCGCUGCAGGCACGGCAUGGGUAGGUAUUGACGGAGCCACCUGCGACUCUGCAAUUCUACAGACUGGAAUUGAUUGGUAUGGAGAUGGUACAUAUGAUGCUUGGUACGAGUGGUAUCCUGAGUAUUCGGCCGAUUUCUCUGGCAUUGAUAUAUCUGCAGGAGAUCAGAUUGCUAUGUCUGUAGUAGCUACAUCUUUGACUGGUGGCUCUGCCACUCUGGAGAAUUUGAGCACUGGCCAGAAAGUGACUCAGAAUUUCAACCAGGUUACUGCUGGUUCACUGUGCGAGACAAGCGCCGAAUUUAUUAUUGAGGAUUUUGAAGAGUGCAACGAAGAUGGUAGUGAUUGCCAAUUCGUACCUUUCGCCUCGUUCAGCCCUGCAGUUACAUUCAGCUCUGCUUCAGCCACGCACAACGGCAAGACUGUUUCCCUUAGCGGAGCUGUCCUCACCGAAGUCGAAAUCAACAACAAGGAUGUUACGAAGUGCUCAGUUUCCGGUAGCACUCUGACUUGCUCUUAUGUUUAAGAGCCAUAAGCGAUAUGCGAUAUUAUGAACCUUUUACUCUAGCUUUUAUAUAGAUAAAUAGAGGCUUUUGUAGAACGUAAAUUUGUCGGAUGAUCUCCACUAUACAUUUAAAUAAACGAGUACAUUUAUUCGGAC